AUGCCAUUAUCUUCAUCCGAGUGCAUCACCUGGUUUGCUGUAACCCUUACCGUGUGUGCUGCUAUAGUAACAGUGAACCUUCUAUCAAUCAUUCUUUUUAUAAAAAACCGCAGUCUUCGCACUCGUGCCAUGUACCUAGUUAUAAGCCUGACCAUAGCUGAUAUGUUUGUCGGAGCAUUUUCUCACUUUCAUGAAUUUCGACUCCUCUCACUUUUCUCAUGCGACAUUGUGACAAUGAACUUAAGCAUGGAACUGCCUCGGAAUGUGAUAAUUCACUUUCUCUUCCCCUGGUUUCCUCUGACCUCUCUAACAAACAUUGCAGUCAUUUCGUUAGAUCGGAUGCACGCAACAAUUCGUCCCUUCAGGCAUCGCCUCAUUAAAAAGUGGGUCUACGGGGUAACAAUUGCUGGUGUCUGGGUUUUAGCUGCAAUGGUAUCAACUGCCACUUUAAUACUUGAGCAAUAUGUGGAAGAAUUCUCACAUCAUCUUUUCUUCUGGCAAUCAUACUGUUGUUUGUGUCUAUUUGUUAUCUGUGUUUCUUACUCUUCCAUUGUUGUUAAGUUUUUGUGUGGAGCGCAUCCCCAGCACCAUGGUGCAGCCAACAGACAAAGGAAACUGACCGUAACAUUGUUCAUAAUGACCAUCGUAUCCUUACUGAUGUGGCUACCAUUUGCGGCUUUUAGUUUUCUUGUACCUCAAUUUUGGAUUAGUAUCAUGACAUUCCUUUCUCCCCAUGAAUUUUUACGUUUGGAGUCUUCUUUAAUCAUUCUAUAUUUGAUGAACUCGCUUGUUAACCCCAUCGUUUACACAAUCAGAAUUCCAGAGUUUAGGAAGGCUCUCCUAGUGUUAUUUAAACGU